UCACGCCUUUGCCAGUCCACUGGUCCAGGUCCAGCCAUCGACGACGACGGCGAGGAAGGGAAUUGGAGGAAGAGGCGAAUCGCGGAGCAGGGGAAGGAGAAGAAGGGUCCGCAGCAGCAGCAGCCAUGGGCGUCAUGGACAAGCUCAAGAUCUUCGUGGUGAAGGAGCCCGUCGUCGCCGCCUCCUGCCUCAUCGCCGGAUUCGGUCUAUUUCUUCCAGCAGUUGUUAGGCCAAUGUUGGAUUCUUGGGAGACUGCGGAAAAAGUCCCACCAACUCCACUAAAUGAUGUGGUUGCAGGUGUCACCGGCAAGAAAAAGUAGCGAUCUGAACAUCUUCUUCACUUGCUGAUGUUGUUGCCACAUUUUGUUUCACUUGUUUUUGGUGCCCAGAUGAGAAGGCUCUCUCGGUCCAGAACUCCAGACGGUAGUUGGAUCGGCCAAAAAUAAUCAUUGUAUCUGAACUGAUUUUCACCAUAGUGCAAUGAAAUGGAUUUCUAAGGAGUGUUCGCUUAUGUAAUGAAGUGGAUUGAAGGCCAUUUUACCCUCUUAAAUUCGUUUUAAUUUGAC